GAGUCGCCAGUCUGGACGUUCCCGCCUCCUCCGACACUGUCGGGUCUGAUCGGAGAGGGGUCACCGCCUCCUUCAGCAAGGAGGAGGGGGGCGGAGCCCGGCUCAGGAUCAUGGAUUUUCCUGGUCACUUUGAACAAAUCUUCCAGCAACUGAACUAUCAGAGACUUCAUGGCCAGCUCUGUGAUUGUGUCAUUGUAGUGGGGAAUAGACAUUUUAAAGCCCACCGCUCUGUACUUGCAGCAUGCAGCACGCAUUUCCGAGCCCUGUUCUCAGUGGCAGAGGGAGAUCAGACCAUGAACAUGAUCCAGCUGGAUAGUGAGGUAGUGACAGCAGAGGCCUUUGCUGCACUGAUUGACAUGAUGUAUACCUCCACCCUUAUGCUGGGGGAGAGCAAUGUUAUGGAUGUCUUAUUGGCAGCCUCGCACCUGCAUUUGAACUCUGUUGUUAAGGCAUGUAAACAUUACCUAACGACAAGGACACUGCCCAUGUCUCCCCCCAGUGAGCGUGUUCAGGAGCAGAGUGCCCGCAUGCAGCGCUCCUUUAUGCUACAGCAGCUGGGACUAAGCAUCGUGAGUUCAGCCCUCAAUUCCAGCCAGGGUGGUGAGGAGCAGCCAGCCCCCAUGAGCUCAUCGAUGCGCAGUAACCUGGAUCAGCGGACACCCUUCCCCAUGAGGCGCCUUCAUAAACGCAAGCAGUCUGCAGAGGAGCGGGCAAGACAGCGCCUGCGACCCCCCAUGGAUGAGUCUGCCAUUUCAGAUGUUACACCAGAGAAUGGGCCUUCGGGGGUUCAUUCUCGGGCGGAGUUCUUUUCACCAGAUUCUCUGAAGAUUGUGGAUAAUGCUAAAGCUGAUGGAAUGACCGACAACCAGGAAGAUGGUGCUAUCAUGUUUGACCAGUCUUUUGGCGCUCAAGAAGAUGCCCAAGUGCCCAGCCAAUCUGACAACAGUGCCAGCAACAUCGCACAGUUGUCCAUGGCCUCUCGUGCAACUCAGGUUGAGACUAGUUUUGAGCCAGAAGCUGCUACUGAGAAAAGUGGUUUUCAAUGUGAAAAUCCUGAGGUUGGCCUUAGUGAGAAGGAACACAUGAGAGUGGUGGUUAAAUCUGAGCCCCUGAGCUCACCGGAGCCUCAGGAUGAAGUAAGCGAUGUGACCUCUCAAGCGGAAGGCAGCGAGUCUGUGGAAGUGGAGGGAGUUGUGGUCAGUGCCGAGAAGAUCGACCUCAGCCCUGAAAGCAGUGAUCGGAGUUUUUCAGAUCCCCAGUCUAGUACGGACAGGGUCGGUGACAUCCACAUUUUGGAAGUCACAAAUAACCUAGAACAUAAGUCCACUUUUAGUAUUUCAAAUUUUCUUAACAAGAGCAGAGGAAGUAACUUCAGUGCAAAUCAGAACAAUGAUGAUAAUAUCCCAAACACCACUAGUGACUGCAGGCUGGAGGGCGAGGCCCCUUAUUUGCUGAGUCCAGAGGCUGGGCCUGCGGGCGGGCCCUCUUCUGCCCCUGGCUCCCAUGUGGAGAACCCAUUUGGUGAGCCAACAGACUCCCACUUUGUUAGGCCCAUGCCGGAGGUGAUGGGCCUGCCAUGUGUACAGACUUCAGGCUACCAAGGAGAACAGUUUGGGAUGGAUUUUUCUAGGUCUGGUUUGGGCCUCCACUCUUCCUUUUCCAGGGUAAUGAUGGGUUCCCCAAGAGGAGGGUCCAGUAACUUCCCAUACUACCGCCGCAUAGCUCCAAAAAUGCCAGUUGUAACUUCCGUCAGGAGCUCACAGAUCCCAGAAAACCCUGCCAGUUCCCAGCUAAUGAUGAAUGGGGCCACAUCCUCAUUUGAAAAUGGCCAUCCUUCCCAACCUGGUCCUCCGCAGUUGACCAGGGCAUCUGCUGAUGUCCUGUCAAAGUGCAAGAAAGCCUUGUCAGAGCACAACGUCUUGGUUGUAGAGGGAGCUCGCAAGUAUGCCUGCAAAAUCUGCUGCAAAACUUUUUUGACUUUGACAGAUUGCAAGAAGCACAUCCGAGUUCACACAGGUGAGAAGCCUUACGCCUGCCUGAAGUGUGGCAAAAGGUUUAGUCAGUCCAGCCACCUGUAUAAACAUUCGAAGACUACCUGCCUGCGCUGGCAAAGCAGCAAUCUUCCUAGCACUUUGCUCUAACUAUUUGUCCUUGUGAGAUGAUGAGGCCAGUUGUAGGACUGAAACUAAAAUCUUUCUUGGUAGGCAAGUAAUGCUAUUGGGUUUGAGGCUGCCCAGGGGCUCUUACGGAUUUCAGCGCCUGAUGAGUGGAGAACUGUACGAGUCGCACUUGAGCUGCUGAUUCUGAGUGUUGUGCAUACCUGGGAAGAGGGAUGUAGUCCCUGAAACCAAGUUCUUCCUUAGGGUUGAGUAAUGCAGUCAAAGUAGUUUUUAAUUGAUGUUAAAAGUGGCACAUUUAAAAAUUAAAAAUUGAAGUGUAAAAAAAUAUUUUUAGCAAUUUUUGUAAAACUCUGUGAAGCGUUUAAUUAAAUUUCUGGUACCCUCUGAUGGGACUAUUAUAUCUCUGUACAGUGAUGCAAAAUGCACUUAUGUGUAACCAGUGGCAACUUGGUGCCUGUCUAAAGGGAACGCCCUUGAGGACAUGGCUGUCUGCCACAAAUGCGUUAAAGUGUAUCAUGAGCUAGUCCUAGGCCUCAGAAAGUACUGUAUUUUUUAUUUUUGUCUAUUUGCAGUCACAGACACUGCACUUUGAUGGUGCUGACACUGGGUCCAGAGUGAGCAUUCUCUUGGACUAUUAGGUGUAUAUACUUUUGAAUACAUCACUGUUGGAUAGAUGUUUUAAUAGUUUUUUCUGAUUUUGAAAACAAAGUUGUA